CUCCUAUAAAUUCAUCUACUCUAUUCACAAUUAUUUCUAAAACCAGAUAAUACUUUGAUAUUUUAAAUCUCUUAUAUUCAUUUGUCUUCAUCAACAACUACCUAUAUUCAAAGAUGGAGAGAACCAAUAUGAAAAAAAGGUGACAAAGAAGUUACACAUGAAGGUGAUGAUUUUGGUAAUGUUUCAGCAAAGAAGGCAAAUGAAACUACACAAUUUCAAGAUUGGAUGGAAGUUAAUAGUAAGAUCAGAGAGAAUACAAAUAGUAAACAUGAAAAUUACUCAAGUACAAAAGAACUUUUUUAUCUGAGUCUUCUUUUAAACAAGAUCAAAGGUUCGACCAGUUACGAGGAUAUACGAACUGUUAAUGGGAUUUUGUAUACUACAUUUGAAGAUGCUUAUAAUGCUCUUCUUAUUUGAACUAUAUUUUUUUCAUGAUAAAUUUUACUUAUUUUUCAUUUAUUUAUAGCAAACAAAGUGGAAACUUAUUAAAAAAACAAAUAUCUGACUUCAACAAUAUAAACUUUUCAACUAACGAAGAUAUACAGAGUAAUACUAAAUACAUGCUGGUUUGAUAUGGUUGGAAAUUAAAAACUAUGAGUGCUGUUUUGCAAAGAAUAGUAUACUCUUACAAAACGGUUUCUACGGAUCAAAUACAAAAUUUCUAAAUAUAGUGUAUGUAAUUGUAUUAAAACUAAUAUAAUAAAGUUUAGAUAAAAUACCAACUCAAUAAAAUUAAAUUAACAAUUACAAUAGAUAAACAUAGAAUAACUACCCACUACUUAUCCCCCAAACCUUUAAGCCUAAUUAUUCUCAACUGAACACACGAUAGCUUUACCUUUCCCGUUCUCUUUAUCACCACAGCUUCACCUUCUUUUUUUCCACCAUUGUUUCAUCUCUAUUUUUUUUCCUCACCAUCGUAGCCAAAACACUCUUCACAGGUUUUUGCUUUCUAUCAAUAUUCUUAGAACACUUCUUUUCUUCUUAUCUAAUACAUCAUCCACUCUCUAUUUAUGCAGAGUGUAGGUUGAAGAUGCCACUGGAGUAUACUCUUCCUUCCCAGCUCAAUUCAUCUAAAAAAGAAUGGAAAAUCCGAGUGUUGGUCUCACGGGGAGAAAGGAUUCAAGCUUCUAUUGAACAGAAAUUGAUUAAAAAUUUUGGAAGGAUCUAAAAGAAGGAGAGUAUCUAGAUAUCAUGAAUUUUGAAGUGUUGGGUAACAAUGGUGAUUACAGAGGAACCACACACUCUUACAAGAUAAGUUUUAUAUGGACUACAUAUAUGAAGACCUCUGAGCAGAUCCCAAAUCUAUCCCGCUUCAACUUAAGCCCUUUUCCAGAUAUUUCAUCUCAGUCCAAUGUUGAUGAUGUCUUCAUAGACAUACUGGGUGAAAUCACUGAGAGGAAGUAUGCAGGACAUUCAACAAAACUUUUGGAUAUCCAACUACGAGAUCUGAGUGAAACAAUCAUUGAAUGCACUUUAUGGGAAAACCAUGUUGAGGAUGUGCACUCUUAUGUGAAGAAAAACAAAACUGGUCCAGUUAUAUUGCUUGGAAGUCUUAUGAGGACUAAAAAAUUCAACGAUAUAGAUGAGAUAAGUGAAUUUAAGAAAGGAAUGGUGAACACUGAUAAUUUGGCUCCAUGUACGGUUACUCAAAUGAUAAAACCCACUUCAAAUAAAGUGAUAAUCGUUGAUGAUUUCCCAUUAAGCUGUUUCAAAACAAUCGAUUAGCUCAUGUGCAUCGAGGAAAGUACUUGUGUUAUGUUCGCAUCUAUCUUAGCAAUUCAAAAGGGAAUUCCUUGGUUCUAUGUUGGGUGCAAAGGCUGUUGUGGGAAAACUACACCAUAUUUCAACCCAGUGACUGAAAAAAUUGAAACCACCAAAUAUGCAUGCGACGCUUGCGAGAAAGAUGAACACCUGAUGAUGGUGUUCAAUCAUUCUCAUGAAAUCAGAUAGAUUGAAAAAACAAGAUUGAAACAAGAUUGAAACCAAACUCAUAGGUCUGUUUUGUUUGGGACUUAAAAUAGAUUUACUCAUUUACAUACAAAUUAUCAUUUCGCUUGGUCUUCUUCCUUUUUAUUGUCCAACGGUUUUAGGUAGUUAAUCAAAUUCCGUAAUUUGAAACCGCCAUGUCUCAACUUAUAAAUACUAUUGAUUCUCACACCUUUCUUCCCGGUUUCAAUUUCUAUUAUUUCUCAAAAUGUGUGAUAAUAAUCUAAGCUUUUUGCAAGAUAUUGAAUCUUGGCAGGAUGAAAAGCCAACCGUUGUGCCCCCUUUAAUGUGCGCCGAAGCCGUGCUGAACCAUUUUUCCAUUGUUGGCAUACUUGUUAACCCAGAGAAACAAAGUAUGAGUGUGUUGAUUAACCAGAUGCCUUGCAUUUGGGGCAUAACUGAUGAAGUCAUUGGUCGGGUUAUUGACUCCCGAAAGUUCCAGUUUGUGUUCAAGACAAAGGACGCCAUGUACAGAGUUUUGGAAAAAAAUCCUUGGUAUUUUGCUGAUAGGUUGAUCGUUUUGAAGCGUUGGGCUCCCACCGUUACUGAAGAAAGCUUAAAGAAGGUUCAGUUCUGGGUUCUGAUAAGGGGAAUCCCUCCUCAUUAUCUAUCGAGAGCAAUAGUCGAUUUCGUUGGGGACAAACUUGGACAAGUUGUUGACGUUGAAUUUGACGACUCAACAAACCUUACAAAUUAUGUAUGGGUUCUGGUGAACUGGAACAUUGACAAACCGUUGCGUUUUUAACGUAACUAUGAAUUUGGUGUUUGUGAGAUUUA